AAAGUACGCGCGUACAUGUGACCCACUGUCCUGCAAUGGCGCUUCCGCUGUUACUACUACUGGAGCUCGCGAUAUACACUAGCUGCUUUAUUUGCGGGAUUGUUACAGCUGCUUUGGUAACAAUUGUGCAGGGCCACAGCGGGGGAAAGUGCUUGCUGUAUGGUACGCUACAGUACAAUGCAUCUGCCAAGGUUAUCAGUGUGACGUCCUCUAGUCACCCAUCUCUCUGCUACUUUGUGUCGGCCAUCUCUGUGUGUGUUGCCAUCUUUUGUUUCUCACUCACCCUCUACUGGGUCUACUCCUGCUGUCUGGAUGGAGAAGUCAGUAGAGAGCGGCUGUGGUUGAACGUGACCCUGGGAAUGUGCGGAGUCUUCCUGUUCUUCCUGCUCAUCACCGGAUGCAUCCUGAAGAUAGGAACAGACAAGUUAUGCGACUCUAUUCAGCCCUCCUAUCCCAGUUGUGAAGAUGCACAGAACAUCCCCUGGGCCAGUCCUGACAGUGGGAGCAAGUUCUACAGCAGUCUGCGCAGUGCAGAGGCAUCGGUGUGGGUGAACUUCUUUUUCUGGCUCAUCAUUGGCGGUCUAGCGUUUGCCCAGCGGAGGAAAGGCAACGCGGAGUACCGUGGUGGGGGAGAGGUUACUGGGGCAAGCCCCUCUGAGACAGAGCCCUUCCUGCAACGCCCGGGGCAACCCUAGUGACCCCAACGCCCCACCUGAGCCUUAUUUGCCGACAUUCCCUCCCCCCCAGCUCCUCUUAAGCACAAAACUGCUCACACUCGCACAAAUACCCCCGUGAUGGCAGGGUCUCCAUGGGCUCAGAUUGAAGGGGGUUAAUGUGACACAGGCCAUGGCUGAAUCACAGCCGACAUCUCUCUGGUUUUCACCCCCGCUGUCGCUGCCAAACUAGGGCCUGUUGCCAUAGUUACUGAUCUGGGGCUGGCAGUGUGCAUAGCUGGCGGCAUCAGUGCACCUCAGCUAAGUGCCAGCCCUCUGUCUCUCGACUGACCCAAGCUCAUUGGAAGCCCAGCAAAAAUUCAGUGUUCUUUUGAAAAAUACACUGAUACACUACUAGCGAGUUUUACAAGGCUGUCCAGGUGAAAUGUGGCAGCUUGUUAUCAUUUGUGCAUUUUUAAUACAAAUUUAGGAUUUAAAAGAAAAAAAAAUUAAAAGAAAAAAAAAACAUUUGAUAGUAGGACAAUAUUUUCUGCCAGCGGCAGAUUUAGAUGCGGUACUAAAUAAAGGUCUUAAGUCAGUUGGUUUGGUUUGCCCAAAAAAAGGAAAAAUCACCUUAUUUCCCAGACCGUCUGUUGUUCUGGAGUUUACAUGUUUUCCACAAUAACCUACCACGGACUACACUCCGCUCAAGUCUCUGUGGUCAGAUACGGAUACAUAUGCCGUUUCACAUAACCUGGAAUUUGACUUGUUUUGAAAAUAGGAUUCAGUGAACAAUUAUAUAGGACAGUGCACCAAUUAUUUUUUCCCCCUUAUCUGCUUUUCAUGUUCACAUCAACCUGCCGUGCCAUCAUGGUUUGUAUGUUUUAUAUAGACUGAUUAACACCUCCCCCUGCUGUCUAAUCACGUAACAGUCCAGCAGUUUGUCAGGAUUUUUGUUUGAGUGAGUGAGUGAGCCUCACUCAUAUCUUACACCAUCCCUUUGAGCUUACUCUUGAUGCGCAUGCAGUUUGACUCCCUGUCAUCUGUAUUGUGUUAGUAAGACUCCUCAGUUCGUGAGAGAUGGGAAAAGAAGGCAAACUGAGGACAAAUAAAAUGCUCCAUAUUUAAACCAUUGACUCCCAUCAUCCCUCCUUUUUUUCUCUAAAGAUAAUAUGGUUGGUCGAUCGGGUUUGUUGAUAAUGUUCGAUGGGAACCUUUUUCCUUCCAGGUGCGCCAGGCUUUUGACCCAAGCCUUGUAGCCUCGAAGGCAAUGACAAGUGGAUUUCUUUGAUGCCUUCAUUGGUUCUCAUUGUGCUUGUGUUCUGACUCCUUAGUCUGUUCCUAAGACCAGGAAAACAUUUUCCUCUUAACUUGCUUCACCGAUGCCAGAGUGACGAGAUUCAUACGGUUCUUUUUUUGGGGGGCAUAAAAGACAUUUUCUUUCUUGCAGUUACAUUUUGUACUGAAAACCCACAGUAGAUUUUACACGUGUGGUUUUGUUACACCCACAUUUUUUUGUAUUACAAUUCUGAUGCAUUUCAGAAAGCUUUCCAAUAAAUUGUGUUGUUUCAUUUUGA